AUGGAGACACAAACACUGUGGGGCAUACUUCUUGCUUUCUCCGUCUAUCAAUUCUUCAAGACAAUAUAUCGUCUUUACUUCCACCCUCUGAGCAAGAUCCCGGGUCCUCGGCUGACUGCCGCCACUCAUCUGUAUGAAUUCUACUACGAUGUCAUCCUCGGUGGGAAGUUUCUGUUCCAAAUAGAAAAAAUGCAUCAGACCUAUGGGCCCAUCGUGCGCAUCAACCCCAGAGAAGUGCACAUCAGCGACCCAACCUUCUACGAUGAGAUCUACGCCUCUAGCACGGUGAAACGAGACAAAGAUCCACACCUCGUCAGAAUCUUCGGCGCGCCUUUCUCUAUGGUGGGCACCGUAGGCCAUGAACACCAUCGCUUCCGUCGCAGCCUCCUCAACAACUUUUUUUCCAAACGCUCGGUGCUGGAGCUGUCUCCGUUGGUUACAGAGCGAGUGCAGAAGUUGAUGGAACGCUUCGAGGGGCUCCAUCGAUCCAAUGCCGUGGUGAGUCUGGACGACGCCUUUUCAGCCCUGACUGCAGAUGUCAUCACAGCUUACUGCUACGGGAAAUGCUGGAUGUUCUUGGAAGACGAGUCGUUUCGCAAUGAUAUCCGGAAAACCGUCAGCGACAUGACGUCUUACAUGCACAUUAAUCGUUUCUUCCCGUUGGUCCUGAGUGCAAUGCGGGCGAUCCCUCUGUGGCUCCUGGCAGUGCUGCAGCCGGGAAAAAGCAGUUUGCUCAAAUUCCAGGAGGAUAUCUUCAAGGAGACGGUGGACUCGGUGCGGGACCGUGGAAAGAGCCUGUCUGGGGAGAAGUCCAACCCCGCUCGCAGCACUAUUUACGACAAGCUGUCUGAUCCAAGCGUCCCUCCGGAAGAGAGGACGCUGCAGCGGAUUCAGGAUGAAGGGGUUAUAUUGCUCUCUGCUGGCACUGAGACUACCGGCCGAGCUUUGUGUAUGGCUGCUUUCCAUCUGGCCUACGACAAAUCUAUCACGAAUCGACUUCGAGAUGAACUGCGACAGGUGAUGCCCCGGCCUACGGAUACAGUGUCAUGGACGGAACUGGAGAAGCUCCCUUAUCUUAAUGGGGUUGUAUACGAGGCGCUUCGUCUUUCAUACGGACUAAUCAUACGCCUGCCACGUAUCUCGCCAACCGAUGCCCUGCAAUACAAGGAUCAUAUUAUCCCACCUGGGACACCGAUGAGUUCUUCCUCCUACAUCGUCCACCGCGACGAAUCUAUCUUCCCUAACGCCGACAAAUUCGAUCCCGAGCGCUGGAUCCGCGCAAAGAACGAGGGCAAAAACCUCUCUCGCUACCUUGUCUCAUUUACCCGAGGAAGUCGUACAUGUAUAGGCAUGAACUUGGCAUACAUGGAGCUGUACCUCACCCUUGCGUCUUUUGUGCGCCGGUUUGACAUCGAGUUACACGACACAACGCCUGAGGAUUUGCGUUUUACGCAUGAUUUGGGGAUUGGGUUCACCCGUCGUGGUGAUAUGCAGGUGUAUGCCAAGGUGACUGGGGUGGUUGAAAACUAG